UUUUGGAAAUUUUGAGGCCCUUUUCGAUCGAGAAAAAAUCUCUCUUGUUUAUCCACUAAAUUCUAAAACAUCUUUGUUUUAAUCACCGAAAGGAUGCAGUAGUUUGAUCAGCUGUGGAAUCUUUCGUCUUUAUCCUGAAUUUCUUAGCUGUUUGUCCACGAAUUUGGUUUUGAAAAAGUAAGCUUCAGUGUGACGGGCAAGAGAAGUUGUCUUUGUUGGCCUUGCCCUCCAUUUGUUUACCACUUCAUUUCUGCAACUACGAAGUUAAAUAUUUGAGAAUAUUAAGAUGACUAUGGAAUUAAGAGUCGGAAACAAGUAUCGACUAGGAAGGAAGAUCGGUAGUGGUUCAUUUGGUGAUAUUUAUCUCGGCACCAACAUAGCCACUGGAGAAGAAGUUGCUAUCAAGUUGGAAUGCAUCAAAACCAAGCAUCCCCAGCUUCACAUUGAAUCAAGGUUCUACAAAAUGCUGCAGGGUGGGGUGGGAAUCCCUGCUGUAAAGUGGUGUGGUUCUGAAGGGGACUACAAUGUCAUGGUUAUGGAGCUUUUAGGACCUAGUUUGGAAGACCUCUUCAACUUCUGCUCCAGGAGAUUCUCACUCAAGACAGUACUCCUUCUAGCUGAUCAACUUGUUUGUCGAAUUGAAUAUAUCCAUUCUAAAAAUUUCAUCCACAGAGAUAUUAAACCUGACAAUUUUCUUAUGGGACUAGGUAAAAGAGGUAACCUUGUUUAUAUUAUUGACUUUGGUCUGGCCAAAAAAUAUCGGGAUGCCAGAACCAAUGCCCACAUUCCCUACCGAGAGAAUAAAAAUUUGACUGGUACUGCAAGAUAUGCUUCAAUUCACACCCAUGUUGGAAUUGAACAAAGCAGACGUGACGAUCUAGAAAGUCUUGGUUACGUUUUAAUGUAUUUCAACCGAGGUUCAUUACCCUGGCAAGGCUUGCGUGCAGCAACUAAACGACAAAAAUACGAAAUCAUUUCAGAAAAGAAGAUGUCUACUUCUGUUGAGGAGCUCUGUCGUGGAUAUCCUGCUGAAUUUGCCACAUAUCUCAACUACUGCCGGUCGCUUCGUUUCGAAGAAAAGCCAGAUUACCCGUAUUUGAGACACCUCUUCCGGAACCUGUUCCACCGGCAACGUUUCACAUAUGAUUACGUAUUUGACUGGAACAUGCUCAAAUUUGGUGGUGCUCAGAAGCCAGCUUCUGGAGCUAAUGGAAGUAGCAGCAAUGGCUUAGCAACAGCUAACUCAGCCCUCCCUGUAGCACCAAAUCCAGUGUCAAUGCCUGUUGACGUAGCCGCAUCUUCUGAAGAUAAAGAGCAGAGGGCUCGAGCCUACAGGAAUACACCCAUCGCUCAGUGGGUGGGCCAGACAGCGACUCUCCCACCUGAGAGACCUGUACAGCCAGCGACCAAUCCCCCAGCCCCCACACGGCCCUCGUUCUCGCAUCCUACUAACCCCCUGCCUGCAACGUCCGCUUCGUGGGCUGCACGUUCCCGUGCAGCUCGUACCCAACAGUGAAAUAAUGAAAGUAUCAUUUGAAGGCUUUUAAGAUUUGAUGGUAACAAUUAAGUCAUGAAUAUAUGGAUAUUGUUACCGAUAUGUACGACCAACCCUUGUUGUAAAUGUUUAUCAUCCAUUUUCUUCCUCUGAUCUUGCCACUCUUUUGCAUCCCUUCCCGUUCUCCUCAGUUCUCGAUUUGCUCUUCGUAACGUGUCGCAGCCUUGGAAAUCGUUUUUUGAAGUAAAGUGAUGAAAUGAAAAAAAAAAAUUACUUGUAUGUUGUCACACUUGUAAAUUACGCGACAAGCUUAUCGGAAUACAAAUGGUUUCUCAACAA